AUGGGACUGAUGGACCGUGCAGUGGGCGGUCACAAACACCACCAUAUUCAGCUCCAUGACCUGCGCAAUGAGCUCGUCUCUAAACUUGCUCCAUUCUCAGGCCUCAUAUUGACCAUUAUUCUUGUAAUUUUUUUCCUCAUCCGCUACUACCUCUUUGAAACCCUGCUCCUUCCUUACUUCUACCCCCGCACCUUCGCUUUAUUGAAUGAACGCAAUCGCCGAGGGUUCGUAAACCACCAUCUCGCAGGCGCCGCCAAGAUCCUCCUCUUCAUAUGGACUGCGUAUCCAUUCUGUGCUGUGGCAUUCGGCUCUGCCACUUUUAACACGCCAUUACAUAAGGGUAGCUUUGUCACCAUGGGCGAUGCUAUGCUUGUCGCCUCGCAUAUCUUCGUGGCUAUGUAUCUUGUGGAAUUACUUUAUCGGUCGCAGCUUUCUAUUGUAGCGGUGUUUCAUCAUGUUGGCGCUUGUGUCAUUGCCGAGUCGGCGGUUGCUAUUAGUUUAAAUUCGGUGAGGGAGAAGGAUGCUACGAUUGAAUUCGUGCUGUGUUUCUUUUGGGGUGCCUUCGACGUAAUCGCUGAAUUCUGGCCACAUGUCACAAUAAUUCUCUACCGAAUCUACCCCACCUCCCACUUCUUCCUCAGCAAGAUCUUCCGCGCUGCAUUUUUCUCCACAUUAUGCGGCACUAUAAUAGAAACGAUUGUGGUCAUGUGGCUAUUUGGCAGCCUGUGGGAAAGAUGGACGAUACCGUUCAAGGUUGUCACUCCCAUGUUGCACGUUGUAUUCUCGGCAGCGCAAGUGUGGGGUAGUUGGAAUUUUUGGAAGAUGUGGCAAAGGGAGAAGAAGACACUCCUGGGGGAGGGUGAGAAGACGGAGGUUAUCGAGAAAGAGGAAGGACGUGCAGCGGUCACUACUUCCUCUUCUUUAUGA